GGCGCAGCGGGGACCCCCGGCCAGCCGGCCAGCCAGCCUGCGGAGACCCGCGUCCCGCGCCGGAGCGGGGCUGGGGGCAGGCAGCCGGGGCGGACCCGGCCGGCGCCCAGGGCGGCCCGGGCGUAACGAUGAAGGCGCCGCGGCGCGCGUGAGGAGGAUGCGGCAGCCGGCGCCGCGGCGGGAGAAGGAGUAGGCGGUGGAGCCCCCGGGAGGGAGCCGCGCGCGGGCCAGACGGCUCCCGGAGGCUCCGCAGUGCCGCCGCCGUCGCCCGGGAGGCUCCGCGCGGGAGCCAUGUAACCCUGCGGCGGGCUCCGCGCUGCUCCGUCCUUCCCCAGCCCCCGGGCUAGCGCGGCAGCGGGGCCACGAUGAAGAAGCAGUUCAACCGCAUGCGCCAGCUGGCCAACCAGACGGUGGGCAGGGCAGAAAAGACUGAAGUUCUGAGCGAAGAUCUUCUCCAGGUGGAGAAGCGCCUGGAGCUGGUGAAGCAGGUUUCCCACAGCACGCACAAGAAGCUCACGGCAUGUCUGCAGGGCCAGCAAGGCGCGGAGGCCGACAAGCGCUCCAAAAAGUUGCCUUUGACAACACUGGCUCAGUGUUUGAUGGAAGGGUCAGCUAUCCUGGGAGAUGACACACUUCUUGGGAAGAUGCUGAAGCUCUGUGGCGAGACAGAGGACAAGCUGGCUCAGGAGCUGAUCCAUUUUGAAUUGCAAGUCGAGAGAGAUGUGAUCGAGCCCCUGUUUCUGCUGGCCGAGGUGGAAAUCCCCAACAUCCAGAAGCAGAGGAAGCACCUCGCAAAGCUGGUGCUGGACAUGGACGCUUCACGGACGAGGUGGCAGCAGACUUCCAAGUCUUCGGGUUUGUCCAGCAGCUCACAGCCUGCAGGCGCCAAAGCUGAUGCCCUCAGGGAAGAGAUGGAGGAGGCUGCCAACAGAGUGGAGAUUUGCAGGGACCAGCUCUCGGCUGACAUGUACAGUUUUGUGGCCAAAGAAAUCGACUAUGCAAACUACUUUCAAACGCUCAUCGAAGUGCAGGCCGAGUACCACAGGAAGUCGCUGACACUCCUGCAGGCUGUGCUGCCACAGAUCAAAGCACAACAGGAGGCCUGGGUGGAGAAGCCCUCCUUCGGGAAGCCCCUGGAGGAGCACCUGAUGAUCAGUGGCCGGGAGAUCGCCUUCCCCAUCGAGGCCUGUGUGACGAUGCUCCUGGAAUGUGGGAUGCAGGAGGAGGGCCUCUUCCGAGUAGCGCCGUCGGCCUCCAAGCUGAAGAAGCUGAAAGCCGCCCUGGACUGCUGUGUGGUGGACGUGCAGGAGUACUCGGCCGACCCCCAUGCCAUCGCAGGGGCUUUGAAAUCUUACCUCCGGGAGUUGCCAGAGCCUCUGAUGACCUUUGAACUCUAUGACGAGUGGAUUCAGGCUUCCAACAUUCAGGAGCAGGACAAGAGGCUGCAGGCUCUGUGGAACGCUUGCGAGAAGUUGCCCACGGCCAAUCACAGCAACAUCCGAUACUUGAUCAAGUUUUUAUCCAAGCUCUCAGAAUAUCAAGAUGUGAACAAGAUGACUCCCACUAACAUGGCAAUUGUGUUAGGACCCAACUUGCUUUGGCCACAAGCGGAAGGGAACAUCACGGAGAUGAUGACCACGGUCUCGCUGCAGAUCGUGGGGAUCGUCGAGCCCAUCAUCCAGCACGCGGACUGGUUCUUCCCCGGCGAGAUAGAGUUCAACAUCACGGGGAAUUACGGGAGUCCGGUGCACGUGAACCACAACGCCAACUACAGCUCAAUGCCCUCCCCAGACAUGGACCCCGCCGACCGGCGCCAGCCCGAGCAGGCCCGCCGGCCCCUCAGCGUUGCCACGGAUAACAUGAUGCUGGAGUUUUACAAAAAGGAUGGCCUUAGGAAAAUCCAAAGCAUGGGCGUGAGGGUCAUGGACACGUCGUGGGUGGCCCGAAGAGGCUCCUCGGCCGGCAGGAAGCUCUGCGCCCCGCCGCCCACGCAGCCCCCCGCCCCGCCCGCCGAGCUCGCCGGAGGAACCACGCCCGUGGUCAUUCACAGCCAGCGUCUGUGUCAGCCCUACCACUUGCUGGAUCUUUCGCUGAGUUUGAGGGUCUCAGAAUUCCUCCCCUGCACUUCCAAAAGCAAGGAACCUUCUCCAGGAUCUGGGCAGAAAGGAAGUCCAGGUUCCAGCCAGGGAACACCCUGUCCAGGGACGCAACCAGGGCCACAGCUGGGCACCAGCCCCAGCCAGCUGCCCGCUGACCAGAGCCCUCACACUCUCCGGAAAGUUUCCAAGAAGCUGGCACCAAUCCCACCCAAGGUCCCCUUCGGCCAGCCGGGGCCCGUGCCUGAGCCGCCCGCAGGCCAGCCGUCCCCACUCAGCCUGUCUCCCACGCCCCCCAGCACCCCAUCCCCCUACGGACUGAGCUACCCCCCGGGGUACGCCCUGGCCUCGGGCCAGCUCUCCCCGGCCGCCGCGGCCCCUCCUCUGGCCUCCCCAUCUGGCUUCACGAGCACUUUAAGUAAAUCGCGGCCCACGCCGAAGCCCCGGCAGAGGCCCACCCUGCCACCGCCGCAGCCUCCCACCGUCAGCCUCGCGGCCUCCAGCCCACAAUCCGCCGAGCAUCCCGUGCUGGACAGCGUGUCCCCCGGGGAGAGCAUGUCUACAGAUCUCGUCCACUUUGACGUCCCCUCCAUCCACGUAGAGCUGGGCUCGACGCUGCGCCUGAGUCCCCUGGAGCACGUGCGACGACACUCGGCGGCCGAGAAGAGGGACUCGGAGGAGGAGUCUGAGAGCACAGCCCUCUGACCCGACGCGCGUGUACAUACAGCCCCGGCCGCCCGCCCGCCCCACCUCCGUUGGCUCCUCCCCGUCACUGCCAGCGCGAGGUCGGACUUCUGCAGAAACCCGUGUGGCACGUGUCGCUGGUGCAGGUCUUCCUCGUUCCCUCUGGGUGGUAACUGGCCUUUUGUUUGAUCUUUGCCUUUGACUUUGUGCCUAUUUUGAUCCACUUUCGGCCUCCACGCCAAGCGACCACCCUCUCUGUCCAAGGCCUUGCUGGUCAGUGACAUCCUCUGCAGGGUGGGGUGUGGAGGGUCCAGACCAGGGGCUGCCUGCCACCUGCACUGAUGGCCAAGGUUGAGUCCCGCGUGGUCAGCCUGGUGGUGUAGAGGGGGGAGGCCGGCCAGGGUGAACCUUAACCUGUGGACUCUACAGUAAAUGGCUGAAAUGAAAUUUGUCUUGCUUCUCCACAGUGUGGGCUGGAGCUCCCUUUAUUAUCUUAUUGUUUUAUAUUUGUGAAUUUGAAAAGUGAUCUUGAGUGUCUGGAGGGUCCGAAGGUAGCGCCCAUGCCUCCCCCGAGCAUUAGCUGUCACUCAGCAAUUGCCCCCACCCUAAGAUCCCAGGGGCAGGCACCCAGGGCCCUGAGUGCAGGGGGUCCAGGAGUGGCCUCUUCUUUCUGGAGGUCACAAGUGAAUAGCAAUAAUUCUGUUACCCAAAGCACGGGGAAGGUGAAACCAGGCUGGCGCCCUGUGGCGUGGAGGGCUUCACUCCUCCAUUCCACAAGUCACAUCCACUCUCAGAGAGGGGGGCCGAGAGGGCACUGGGGAGCCUGGUCACCCUGGGGACUAAGGGAGCGAGAAACAGAUUCGGGUCUUGCAUGCAGAGUCCAACCUUACAAUCCCACCCUCUACCAUAGAUAUGACAGACCUAUACGUGAUAUAAUAUUUGUAUAUAUGAAAUCUAUAUUUGUUUAAUUUGAGCCAUUCAAUCUCAAUCACUGUACAGGUGUACAAUGAGAAAUUUAAAUGCUUCGUUAUUUUUCCCAACAGAGUGUAAAAAUAACCCUCCUCCGACUGUGGGAUUUGCAGCCUGUUGCCGUGAAUGGCUGUGCUCGCUUCCUGGCAGGGCGUGUUCUGCACCCAAUUUGUCAUGGAGCCUGGGGGUUGGAAGUUACCUUUAAAUACAUGUACAAAUAGUUGUCAAAAGUAAUGUUAUUAAAAUAGAUUUAUUAUCCCUGA